GGCAGUGUGCUCAUGUUUCUCUCCGCUACAUCGCUCGUGCUCUCUCGAUAGGACGACAUUGAGGACUACCGUGCCGCGGCAACCCCUCCGAAGCGGUGCGAGGCGCUACCUUCCAAGAUAGCGGACGUGCUGGGCUGCUGGCCGGCGCACUACGGAAGGUCGGGAGCACGAGUAGCGGGUGGCCACCACCGUCCGGGCCCUGGACGACGAGGUCGUCGUUGCCGUCGAUCAUCGCCUCAGCGGAGGUGGUUCGAUUCGAUAACGUUUUCUGCUGCUGCCAUCCGCAAGCGAGGAUGCUGAGGCCGCCCGCGCUAGCGUGCUGCAAACUCUACAUCUCCGAGGCCCGCAACUCGGGGGCGUUGCGUGCCAUCGAGCACGCAGCGGCGGCGCUCCGCCCGUUGGCCGUGCUCGUCAACACCUUCGCCGACGACGCCUACAACCGGGUCGGGUACACGCUCGUGUCCCCCCUCGCGGGCGGCGGCGCCUCGCCGCCGCUGCGCUGCGCAUCGUUCCGCGUGGUCGCGGCCGCGAUCGAGGCCGUCGACCUGGACGCCCACGCCGGCGCGCACCCGCGCCUCGGCGUCGUCGACCACGUCGCCUUCCACCCUCUGGCCAGCGCCCACCUCGAGGACGUCACCGCGCUCGCCAGGGCCGUGGCGGCGGACAUCGGAGACAGGCUUCAAGUGCCGACGUACCUGUACGGCGCAGCUCACAGAGACGGUAGGACGCUGGCGUCCAUCAGGAGGCAGCUGGGCUACUUCACGCCGACCUCCCCCGGCGGAGAGCAGUGGCACGGCGCGCCGGACUCGCUGCUGCCAGUGGCCCCGGACGCCGGGCCCCGGACGUCGUCCGCGUCCAAUGGCGUGGUGGUGGUGGGCGCCACGCCGUGGGUGGACAACUACAACGUGCCCCUGACCACGGCCGACGUCAGCGUCGCGAGGCGCAUCGCGCGCGCGGUCAGCGAGCGCGGCGGCGGGCUCGCGUGCGUGCAGGCCAUGGGGCUCGCGCACGGCGACGGCGCCACCGAGGUCGCCUGCAACCUACUUCACCCGGACGCGGUGGGCGCCGACCAGGUGCAGGAGAGGGUGAGCCGGCUCGCCGCCGGCCUCGGGGUCGGCGUCGGCCAGGGGUACUUCACCGACUUGUCGCGGGAGAAGGUCGUCGAGCUGUACUUGCAGGCCGCUCAAGCUGCCUGAGGCUUCUCGGCAGUGAUAGAUUGUUUAUUGUUCAGAAAGCAGGGUAAUGGAAUAAUCUACUAUUGUAUCUGUUAGGAAUUAUGGGCUAGUCCCAGUUAAAAAAUUCAAAUAAAUCUCAGGAAAAUCUCAAAAGCCCAUAUAAGUGUAUGGCUAGGGGAA